UGUCAAAAAUGACAGCACACAGCAAUCCUCAAUAUGGCAACAUAUUUAUUUUGCAUUUAAAACGUCACUCCGUAUUUCUUUUUGUACCUAAUGAACGUAAAAAUAUAACAAACAUUGUUCUUUGUUAUGUUUUAUAAACAGAAAAGGUGUAUGUGUUGUUGAGUUAGUGUUUAAAAUGGCAGACUUCGAUGCUAUAUAUCCAGACGAGACGGAGCCCGAAGAGAACUUAGAGGAGACGCAUGUGACGUUAGUGCCCGACCCAAUAGUUGUCCGAGGAGCUGGGAACAUGACAGUCUUCGGGUUAAGCAACCGCUUCAACGGUGAGUUCCCCUCUGGGCUGCAGUCACGGGUGGCGCCUGAAGAGUACCAGGCAACCGUGGCCCGCAUCAACAGCGUGCUGAAGAAGACGCUGCCGGUCAACGUCAAGUGGCUGUUCUGCGGCUGCGUGUGCUGCUGCUGCACCCUCGGAUGCUCUCUAUGGCCCGUCAUUUGUCUUAGCAAACGGACACAACACUCCCUUAACAAACUUCUAGAAUGGGAGAACAGUCGUCUGUACCAUAAGCUCGGGCUUCGCUGGCGCCUCACCAAGCAACAUUGCGACUCCUCGUCUAUGAUGGAGUAUGUCCUGCUCAUAGAGUUCAUACCUAGAAUACCCAUAUACAGGCCCGACUAGAUUAGGCCUGUUGAAUGUAAAUAUAAUAUGUUAAAUGUAAGCAUUGGAUUACAUUGGAAGCGAAUAGCAAUGCUAUGCAUUUUAAGUGGAACAGUCUUAUAUAGACCUUAUAAUGUACACAAUAAGAUGCAUUUUUCUGGUUUUUGUGGCGUAGUCAACAUCUCGUUGUGGUGUUGUAGUGUGUGACCAAACUGGUCUACAACAUUGAUAUCGUAACUUUUAUAACUAACUGCAAUUUGAACAAAACAAGCCCAUGAAGAAGUGUCAAAUUGGACAAAAUAUGAUUUUUGGACAUACCUAGUUAAGAAGUGGAGAAAUCAGGCCCUAAGGCAAUUUUAACAUAAUAACAUCUGAUGUUAACCUGGUUACAAGCAUGAACCUUAAUUGUAAACAGAAUAAGGUCUAUUAUAAGAUAGCUCUACAUAUAAUCCUUCGCAUCCAAUGGAAAUCGGCCGAUAACGUAAACAAGUUAUGCAUCAUGAAUCGACUAGCAAAUGUGUAUCCCAAAUAAAAUCUGGAACUUGUUGUGUACAUAGUGGCGUAUAUCCUGUAAGGCUGAUUUUAUAUUCAUUUUGCAUAGUGUUAAUCUUAUUUUCGACCAUAAUGGCGUCAAAUGUUGAGCCAUAUUGAAGUUGCAAACAAGUUAAGUUGAGUGUUGUGUUAUUGUACCACAGAAGGCUAUCGAAGUCAAACAUUUUAUAUGAAAGCGUGUACCGCGCUCCGAUUGGUCAAUUGCACAAGAAUGCACACUUUAGGUAUGCUAUACUACACUAUCUCCCUAUAUCACCAUUUGAAUAUUAGCUUCAGGCCUAAUCAUGCCUGUCAUUUUCUUUUGCCUGAAUUCUUCAGUUUUCAAUCUCUUUGCCUGUUCCACUCCUAUCGUAUACCUCUACUCCUAUUGCGUGUCUGUCUGUCUGUCUAUCUGUCUGUCUGUCCGUCCGUCCGUCCGUCGUGUCUGUCAAGAAAACCUAAAGGAUACUUCCCAUUGACCUAGAAUCAUGGAAUUUGGCAGGUAAGUUGACAUG